AAUCGGUUAAAUUGACGGUUAAUUAGUGAACCAAUUGAACCGUUCGAUUUUUUUAAAGAUUUCCGAUUUUUAAAAUUGUAUAUAAAAGAAAAAAUAAAACCCCCCUUCUCUGACUUCCCAAACUGCACUGUACCCCUUGCUAAACCCUAUCAGAGACAACGACUCCAGCCACCACCACCAGUAGCUGCCACUCGCCCUCUUCUCGCUGUGGAAUUUCUGUUCAGACACAUCGCACGUCGCUCGCGUCGCCCACCUCACCUUCGCACGUCGCUCAUCUUGUCGCUCGCCUCUUUGGUCACCUCGCCGUUGCUCACCUCAUCGUGCUUCUUCUCUCGGUUGUUUGUCACGCAACCAGCGUAGGUCACCUCACCCGCGUCCCUCUCCUUGAUACUUCACGGUUCGUCUACUUUGUCUCUGUCACUGGUUCGCCGCCCAAAUCGCCUCUCUGCUCGCCUCUCAGUUCUCCGCCACGAGUGAUAAUGUGUUGCCGUUUGCUUCUUCGAGGUCGUCGACGGGUUAGUCUCUUAAUCAAGGAGUAGUGCAUACUUGAAAGAAAUGAAUCCAUUUCAUUUUCAGUAUGUGCCACCACCUCAUCCUCUUGGACCUCCUCAGUUUCCAAUGUUACCUCCUGAUCCACCAAAUUCAAGUUCAUUUUGGCAAAACCGAAAUGUUUGUGAACGCCUCAGAGAAUUGCAGGACACUCUUAAUCUUGCAAAGGCAAUGCAAAAGGAGCUAGAGAUGUUGAUGAUGAUCAAAGAUGGUAAAGUGUCUUUAGAAGAUGUGAAACAUGGAUCUAAUGAACCUUACCUGCCUGGUUUUCUAGAAUGUUUGCAAGACAGAAGGGUUAAUAUAGAAUCCCAAGAAUCGUUGGCAGUUGAAGCAGCUAAUUAUUUGAUGUCAAAGCUAAGAUCUCAGCUGGAGCCAUUCAGAUAUGUUGCGGAUGAAGCAAGUCCAUGGGAGGAGAAAUCUGCGGCUGCAAGGUUUGCGAAUAAAGUGUACAAAUCCAAAAGAAAUAAGCGCUGGCGGAAGAAGAAAAGGAAGCGUAUUGCAGAAAUGCUGGCAAAGGAGCAGGAGGAAUUUUAUUGCAUUGACCGAGAAGCUGAUGAAUGGAGAGCAAGGGAGAUUUCUAAGGAUGUUGCAAACUGCAAGGUGGAAAAGAUGAAGGAAAUUGCUAAGAUUAAAGCCAAAGAAGAGAAGAGGAAAUUAGAGGCUGAGCUUGAAAUGCUCUUGGUUGUGGAGAAGCUUCAAGAAUUACGCUCCAUAAGGAUUCAAAAGUUGAAAAAACAAGGCCAUUUUCUUCCUGAGGAGGAUGACAAGUUUCUUGAGAGAGUUCAGGCUGCAGUGGAAGAAGAGGAGCGUGAAGCUUUGGCUGCAGCGGAAACAGUUGCUGCUAAAGAUGCGAUAGCAACUGCUGAAGAAUCCAGGAAAGCUAGCAAAAAUCAAGGGAUGCUCUCAAAAGAAAGUAGCACUGACACUAAAGUUGAGGAGAACAAAGAGAAAACGGUUGAUAAGGUGCCUGAAGAGGGAUCUGAUGCUGUUGAGUAUAAAUCCAGUAAAAUUGCUUCAGAAGGACAGAGUAGUGGAGGAACAUAUGAUCCUUUGGCAAAUUUACCUAUUGAGUUCUAUCAUUAUUAUCAUGGCAGCAACAAUGACAUGGGAACGCUUAUUGAGGUUAGAAGAGGGUGGGAUGCCUAUAUCAGACCAGGAGGAAGCCGCAUACCAGGGCACUGGGUUCAACCUCCUCCUCCAGCCAACGAGAUAUGGGCUUCUUACUUGGUCAAACCCAAAUGAUUGCUAAUUCAUUGCCAAUUUUGUGUAAAAAUUUCAGAUGAUUAGUGUUGUUUUGCUACCUAUGAAGUAUGAACUGUGUUCAUGACCAGCCAGGUAUUAAUGUGUGGGUGAAAUGUAUAUUGUAGUAAUCUUUUGUAUGCAACCAAUCAUUUGUAAGUAUUUUAUUCAAAUCAAAGACCAUAGCAUAAUAUUGUUGAAUAUACAGUAAAUAAAUGAAAAAAUAAUUUCAGAAUCAUUUUUC